GUGCAGUGAGAGCGAAGGAACUUUGGAAUUGAAGGCUUGUUUUAUCAUUAUUGGCCUGCUUAGCACGCAAGCUCUCGAUCGUAGACAUUUGCAAAGUAAAAGCAAAGCUUUGUUAGCUUAAAGCAGAGAAAAUUAUUGAAAGUGCUUUUGAAGAAGAAGACUAAUUUCUUUUCCAAAAUCGUUAUCUGAUUGUCGUCUAUUCUGCAUUUUGCUUAUUUUAUAAUACUGAUUAACACAAGAGAGCAAAGUGUAUACUAAGUAUGUGCAGCGAGUGAUAGCCCUAUAAAAGUAAAUGAAUGUGUAGCUACAUAUAUAUGUAAAUAUUUUAAAUAAUUAUUCGCUAAAUAAAAAGUUUGGUUGAUUGGACAAAUUGAGUUCUGUGGAAAUGAAUGCGAAUGCAUAAAACUAGUUCAGCUGCAGCGGUGCUUGUGUUGAGUUCAAAAAAUUCGAAUUCCCAAAUGUUUUACGCGAAAAUAAAUUGUGUUGCGCUCAGCGAAUGCGCUGGCCUCGCAAAGAACUUUGCGGCGAUUAGUAAGCGUUUGCUAGCAACAAAACAGGUCGAGCAGCCGGUUUGCCCGGCACAACCAACCGUCAGCUUAGAACAGUCUACAGUUGCAACCCUGGAGUGGCAACGAGCACGUCCAUAUAGCGAAUUACCUAAAGAUAGCGUUUUCAGACUGUUAACUAAAUUUUUACCUGGCGGCCGUUAUUAUAACUUAGACUCCAAUGCACUAGAAAUGGCAAUGAAAAAGGAUCAUGGUGAUAUUUUUGUAGUGCCCGCUUUUAUGGGUCGACCCAAUACCGUGGUGUUACACAAUCCAGAAGAUUUCGCACGCGUGUUUCGUAAUGAGGGCGUGUCGCCAAUAAGACCGUUUGCAACAUUACGUUAUCAUCGAAGUAAAUUGCAAGCCGAUUUCUUUCAGCAGAUCGAGGGUGUGCUAACAACGCAAGGUGAACGUUGGAGCACAUUCCGUUCAGCCGUUAAUCCACUUCUUAUGCAGCCCAAGAAUGUACAAAUGUAUCUCGGCAAAAUGGCGCAAGUGAACCAGGAAUUUGUCGAAAGAAUCCGUUCAAUACGCGAUCGUGACACUCAAGAGGUGCCAAACAACUUUGAAGAUUAUCUGCAGUGUUGGCUGCUGGAGUCUCUCUCCAUUGUCACACUAGGGAAACAGCUCGGUUUGCUGCGUGAUCACAGUGAAAAUUACGAGGAUGCGCUGAAAUUAUUUACUGCUUUAAACACCAUAUUUACAGUCGCCUUUGACUUAGAGUGGAAACCCUCAUUGUGGCGUCGUGUGCGCACACCGAAAUUCAGACGUUUUUUGCAGGCGGCAGACAACAUGCAAGCGAUAACACUGAAAUAUAUAGACGAAGCAAUAACCAAUCUGGAAGCUGAAAAGAAAAUGGGUAUCGUGAGGCUGGAGAAUGAGAUGAGCGCAUUUGAGAGAUUGUUGAAGAUCGACAAGAAAAUAGCGACGGUGAUGUGCAUAGAUCUGUUUCUCGCCGGUAUUAAUACGACCACCUCAAUGGCGACAGCGGUUUUACUUUGUCUGGCGAAAAACCCAGAAAAACAACAAAUUUUACGCAAAGAAGUGAUGCAUGUGUUGCCACAAAAAGACGGCAAUUUCACAGCCGAUGCACUCAAUCGUAUACCCUAUUUGCGUGCCUGCAUCAAAGAAGCCAUUCGUAUUUAUCCUCUGACUGUCGGCAUCGUACGCGUGACACAAAGUGAUCUGGUACUAAGUGGAUAUAGAAUACCUAAAGGCACUGUGGUGAAUAUGGUAUCAACAUCGUUAUUCACGAAUGAAAGCUUCUUUGCACGCCCAAACGACUAUUUACCCGAACGUUGGCUACGCUCGGGUGCAAUGGUAGAGGGUAGAGAGCACGAGUCAGCCGUAGCGGGUGCGCAAGCGUUGCGUCCGACUAAUCCUUUUGUAUAUUUACCAUUCGGUUUUGGUCCGAGGGUGUGUUUGGGUCGUAGAAUAAGUGAGUUAGAAAUGGAAGUGGGUAUUGCGCGAUUGGUGAGAAAUUUCCAAAUUGAAUUCAAUCAUCCAAUCGAUAAGCCAUUUAAAAGUAUGUUUGUUAAUAUGCCAAAUAUGCCGUUAAAAUUUAAAUUUACGGAUGUUGAAUAAAUUCUAUAAUCAAUAUUUUGUUAAUUCCGGUAUAUCGAAACAUUUUUGUUUAAUGUAGCAAUGUACAUAAAAAGCUGAUCAUUAAAGCUGGUUGCAAAAAAUUCAAUAAAAAAAACAAUUUUAAUCCUACAUACCGGAUUAAAAAAAAAAAUCUUAAGAAUUUAAAAUGAAUUUGAUUUUUUUGUUUUAAUUCAAAUCAAAAAGUAAUAUUUUAAAUUUUUAAUUCUAAACAUCUUAGAUUAAAUAAUGAAAAUUUUAUUUUUAAUCCCAACAUCGGGAUUUCUAAUCUCAAAUUUUUUAAAUAAAAAAUUCGCAACCCUGAUCAAAGAAAUAAGUACAUCAAAGACUAAAGUUGAUUUUUAGCUUAACCGUAAAAGUAGAUUAAGUGUACUAAACUCGGGAAUUAUUUUUUUACUUUUUUAAAAAUACUGUUGUUUGCUUUUUACAACUAAUAAUUAAAUUUUGUAUACAAAAAUGGUUUAUUGAUGAAAUAAAUAUACAAGAAAAAUAAAAAA